ACAAGCUUGAGAGGAAGCCGAAAUGGCAGGCAAAGAAAUAUGGUCAAAACUUCGCCAAUUUGACGCCUACCCUAAAACUUUGGAAGAUUUUCGAGUAAAAACUUUCACAGGAGCUACAGUGACAGUUGUGAGUGGACUGCUGAUGUUUAUCCUGUUUGUCUCUGAACUGAGCUAUUACCUGUCAACUGAUGUCAAUGCAGAGCUGUUUGUGGACACCUCUCGAGGGCAGAAACUGCGUAUCAACGUAGAUGUCACCUUUCCCAAACUUGCAUGUGGAUUUGUGAGCAUAGAUGCAAUGGAUGUUUCUGGAGAGCAGCAAGUUGAUAUAGACCAUAAUAUCUUUAAAACUAGAUUAGAUGCCAAUGGGAAGCCAGUAUAUGAACCAAAAAAGGAAAAACUUGGAGACAGCUCACAACAAGUUAUUGAUGCAGUUAAGAAGCCAUUAGAUCCCAAUAGGUGUGAGAGUUGUUAUGGAGCAGAAACACCUGAUUUAAAAUGCUGUAACACCUGUGAAGAUGUGAGAGAGGCGUACAGGAAAAAAGGUUGGGCUUUCAAUGAUCCUGAUGGUAUAGACCAGUGCACACGAGAAGGCUGGUCUGACAAAAUGAAGGCACAACAAAAUGAAGGCUGUCGUAUCCAUGGUUACCUAGAGGUCAACAAGGUUGCUGGAAAUUUCCACUUUGCACCAGGAAAAAGUUUUCAACAACACCAUGUUCACGUCCAUGAUUUACAAGCUUUUCCUGGACAAAAGUUUAAUCUGACUCAUUAUAUAAAACACAUCUCGUUUGGUAAGGAUUAUCCUGGCAUAGUAAACCCACUUGAUGACACAGAGAUUAUAACUGAAGAAUCCUCGGCUAUGUUCCAGUAUUUUGUGAAAAUAGUUCCCACAACAUAUGUGAAGGUAGGGGGACAGGUCCUCACCACCAAUCAGUACUCUGUGACCAAGCAUUCCAAGACGAUCAGUAAAGGUCUGGGGGAGACGGGAUUACCAGGUGUCUUCUUCAUGUAUGAAUUGUCACCCAUGAUGGUGAAAUAUACAGAAAAACAAAGAUCUUUUAUGCAUUUUCUUACAAGUGUGUGCGCAAUAAUAGGGGGCAUAUUUACAGUUGCGGGACUUAUAGACUCAAUGAUCUAUCACUCUGCUAAAGCAAUUCAACAGAAGAUUGACUUGGGCAAAGCAUCAUGAUAUAAUAUCAAGAUAGCACACUAGCACAAAUCAUAUAAAAUAAUUUUGUUAUAAUUAUGAAUUCAAAAGAGAAUAUAGUGUAUUGUCUACAAAGAUUUGGCCCCGUCUCUAAAUCCACUUAUGAAUUUGGUGGCAAAAUGAGCCCAUGUAAAGUAGUUUGUUUGGAUUGUUGCUCUUGUAGUUUACUAAGGAGAAUUCAGUAAAAUUUUUUUCUGCAAAGCAUUUAGAAAUGAAUCUUUAAGUUGUUUAAUAUCUACUAUUUUGGAGUAAUAAUGGGGAAGUCCGAAAGUUAUUCCACCUUCUUGUGCUUCAUUAAAUUUUAGUUUUUUUUUUUCUUUUCGUUCUUUGUAUUUUUGUCUGUUAGAUAUAGUGUAGAUUUACCAUCAUUAUUAUUAUUAGGUUAUUAAGAUCCCUUAUUAGAAUUCUAUGAAGGGUGUUUGUAAUACCAAAGUGUGUGCAGUUUUUCUUCCAACAGCUCACUUCCUAUGAAUUGAUUAGGCAUUAGUAGGACAGCAUGUUCCAGGAAUUUUUUUAUUUGCCCUUGUUAAGUUUGCUUAGAGAAAUGUGGGAAGCUUUGUCAGGUGCAAUUUUUUAAAUCUUUGGUUUUUCUGCUGAUAGCUUAUGCAAUGUAUUAUAAUUGAGUUACAAUUGAGCAUAUUUAUGGUAAAUCAUUGUUAUGUAUGGCCAGAGUUUCAGAGAACACUUAAACUAGCCUCUCUACUAUGACAUAUCUCUGUGAUUGCCAAGAUUGUGAGAUGCAUGUGUGUACAAUAAAAGUGCAGAGUAGAGAGGUGAGUUUUCAGUGUCCUGAAAGUGGUGGUGCUGUCACAGUAUUGAUGAUACUGUCACAGUAUUGAUGAUACUAUUUAAAUAGGGUGUAUCAGUUUCUUCAGUUUUGCUUGACUUUGUAACUUGACAUUUUGUUCUUGCAACUUUUUGUUUUUUGUUUAUACACCUAGUGAUAUGGGUUUUGAAUUAACUGAGUAUUAAAUGAGGUAAUUAAUUAAAUGGGUAAUUGUCAGGUCACAGUAAUUAGUUGUAAUUAAAUAAAAAUAAAGAAGUAUUUAGAAACUUGGAGAAAAAGGUUGAUUAUAAAGAAUUUAUAUUUUCAUCAGUGAAGCUUUUAUUUUUGAUAACAGGGAGUUUGGUUUGAAGUAUUCCUUAAAAUUCAAUUGAAGUGAUAUUUUUUCUCAAAUUCUCUUCUUAAAUGAACUCCUGAAUUGAAACUGCAUUCAGUACUUUUAUUUUGAUUAUGAGUGGAAAGGUCAUGCAGAGAACGAGCUCUUUCCCUAUG